UCAAGAAUAUCUGCUUCCUUUUGCCCCAUAUACACCAAGAUUAAGUAGGUAGAUAACCUUAAAACCAGGCCUCUGGUUCUUGCUGGUCCCUAUAGACUAGAGUGUUCUAGCAUGAACUACUUUUGUGCUGCACCAAUGGAGUUUGGGAGACUAUUAUUAACUGGGUUCAUGGUUUUGUGUGUUCUGGGUGUGGGAGGUAAAGAACUGCAAGGCUCAGCACCUUGUGUGUUUCCAGCAAUCUACAACUUUGGUGACUCAAAUUCAGACACUGGAGGCAUAUCAGCAGCAUUUGAACCCAUUCCAGCACCAUAUGGUGAUGCAUUCUUUCACAAGCCUGCUGGAAGGGACUCAGAUGGCCGGGUCCUCAUAGACUUCAUAGCUGAGCACCUAAAAUUGCCAUACUUGAGUGCAUAUUUGAAUUCACUUGGAACCAAUUACCAGCAUGGUGCAAAUUUUGCCACUGGAGGAUCAACUAUUAGAAGGCAAAAUGAAACCAUAUUUGAGUAUGGCAUUAGUCCGUUCUCUCUUGACAUCCAGAUUGUGCAAUUCCUGCAGUUCAAAGCACGCACCUAUGCUCUCUACAACCAAGCCAAGACACCCUCUGAAAGAAGCAAGCUUCCUAGGCCCCAGGACUUUUCCAAGGCUCUUUACACAUUCGAUAUCGGUCAGAAUGAUCUUUCUGUUGGUUUUCGAAAGAUGAACUUCGACCAACUUCGUGCGGCAAUGCCAGACAUUGUCAAUCAGUUAGCCACAGCAGUCCAACGCAUAUAUCAACAAGGGGGGCGGACAUUUUGGAUUCACAACACAGGGCCUAUUGGAUGCUUGCCAGUGAACUUUUUUUACAAUCAUAAUCCAGCGCCUGGCUAUCUUGAUCAGCAUGGCUGUAUCAAGGGUCAAAAUGACAUGGCUGUAGAGUUCAACAAGCAACUCAAGGACAGAGUGAUCAAACUAAGGGCAGAGCUCCCAGAAGCAGCAAUAACAUAUGUGGAUCUAUAUGCUGCAAAAUAUGGACUAAUCAGCAAUGCAAAGAAUGAAGGAUUCGCCGAUCCCCUGAAGGUCUGCUGUGGGUAUCAUGUGAAUUACGAUCAUGUCUGGUGUGGGACAAAAGCACUUGUAAAUGGAAGUGCGGUGUUUGGUGCUUCUUGUGCUAAUCCUUCACAGUAUGUUAGCUGGGAUGGUGUACACUACUCUCAGGCUGCUAGUCAGUGGUUUGCUAAUCAUAUACUCAAUGGUUCACUGUCAGAUCCACCAAUUCCAAUUACCCGAGCAUGUCAAAAGCAUUAGUGUGAUCACAACCAUAUGUCAUAUGUGUUAGAUUGGGCAAUGGAAAGGUAUAAUAGUAAAAACAUUGAGAAUUAGCACUAUAGGUGUAUCAGAAGAAUAACAUUGAGUCUUGAGAAGUUGCAUCUCUAGCAGAAUUGUAACAUUUGUCUCAGUUGCCAAUCCAAAAUUAAAAGCAAAGGGUAAAAAAGACCAUAAUAUUUGAAAUGGCCAGCUGAUUUGUCAUA